GUUACUUCAGAGCCGUUCAGGUUGAUUUAACAGAUAUUUGUACAGCUUGUGAGAAGCUUUGAUACACUUUCUCUCUGAUGUCGUCGUGUUUCUGGCAGAAGGAGACAUGAAAGCUCACAGUAACAGUAGUGAAGUCGCAGUGUUUGUCCGGAUAAGACCAACGGCACACUUUGCUACAGACUUGAUUGAAUGUCUUCCUGACGAGCAGACAGUGAACAUCUAUCAUAGAAAAGCCUCCAAGAAAGGUCAGCGGAGCUCCUGGUCAUUCCGGCUUGAAGGGAUCCUGCAAAAUGUGUCCCAGGAGGAAGUAUAUGCCAAAGUGUGCCGACGGGUGGUACUAGGAGCACUGGACGGCUAUAAUGGUACUGUGAUGUGCUUUGGGCAGACAGGUGCAGGAAAAACAUACACCAUGACCGGAUCCACAGAAUCAUACAAACAGAGAGGCAUCAUUCCUCGGGCCCUUCAGGAGGUGUUUCAGGAGGUGGAGAAGAGGACUGAGCAUGCCUACUCUUUGCACCUGUCCUACCUGGAGAUCUACAAUGAGACUCUGGUGGACCUGCUGUCUUCGUUGCGAGGCUCACCACGCCUGUCCCCUCGGGAUAUGGUUGUGAUGGAGGAGCCGGGCAGAGGGGUUUUCAUCAGAGGUCUGUCUCUUCAUCCAGUCCACUGCGAGGAGGAGGCCCUCAACCUGCUGUUUGAGGGCGAGAUGAAUCGCAUCAUUGGAUGUCACACACUGAACAGAAACUCCUCCCGGUCCCACUGUAUCUUCACUGUGCACAUAGAGUCUCGCUCGCGGACUCUGUCUGAUGCCAAGUACAUCACCUCCAAGCUGAAUCUGGUGGAUUUGGCUGGAUCUGAGAGACUGGGAAAGACAGGAUCCGAGGGUCAGAUGUUAAAGGAAGCCGUGUACAUCAAUAAGUCCCUGUCGUUCCUAGAACAGGCGAUCCUGGCUCUGGGAGACCGUCGCAGAGACCACGUCCCCUUCAGACAAACCAAGCUAACACAUGUCCUUAAAGACUCACUGGGAGGGAACUGCAACACUGUGCUUGUGGCCAACAUCUAUGGUGAGGCUGUGCAGAUAAAAGAAACGCUCUCUACUCUGCGUUUUGCCAGCAGAAUGAAGUGUGUCCGGAUCAACCCUGCUGUUAACGAACACCAGGAUCCAGCACUUCAGGUUAAGAAACUUCAAAAGGAAGUUCAGAGGCUGAAGGAGGAGCUGUCCAUCUUCAAUACAAUGGUGAAUCGUCCGGGCAUCACAUAUGAGCAGUUAUCUGAAGCCCAGCUGGCUGAAAUCCACAGUCAGGUUCAGAGAUACCUUGACGGAAGUCUGAAGGAAAUCAGUGUCGUAAGUAUCAGUCAGGUCCACGCAGUGUUCGCCCAGUUCAAACUUGCUGUGCAUGAGCAGGAGCAGAAGCUGAAGGCUCAGCUAUGUCAGACUCACAGCGCAGUGGAGAGAGAACAAAGUGCUAACAUAGUCCCAGUCAAGGAGCCAGAAACCAGAAGCAGCCCUGAGGAGCUGGAGCCUGCUCAAACACCAAAAAACACCCAACGUCCAAGUUCAACCAAAGCCAAAACGAAGAAGCCGAAGGAAAAACAGAGCCAUAACAAGAGACAGGGAGAAGGAAGUCCAGUGUCAAAGAAGCGUUUGGAGAGUGCGUCCAAAUCGAAGCUGAACUCCGUCCAGACGCCUGAGAGAGAGCAAGAGUCACAGGAAGCAGACACUGAAAGCCACGACACACAGGACUCCCAACCAGCAGUCAGUGAACCAUUCCAGAGCGACUCUCCUCCACCUAAAGCAGAGUCCUUUGAGGAAUUUAAGAUGGGGCCAGGCAGCCACAUCAACUGCAUCCUGAAGGAGAACAAGGCCAUGCUGCUGGAACGCCGCAAUCUUCUCCGACAGAUCACGGAGCAGGUUAACGCUGUCAAGAGAGAGAUCGAUUGCACCACGGCAACCAUACAGCAGCAGAAGUAUAUGAGAGGAGGCCAAGGUCAAUAUUUCAGUAUGGAGGGGGAGCUGGAUGCUACUUUACUGUUGCAGCUCAGACAGCUGAAGGCUCAUUACCGGCAGAGAUACAUGGUGCUGCGGGACAUCAAGGCAGAGGUCAACUACUGCCAACACCUCGUGGACCAGUGCAGGAUGCGUCUUCUCUCUGAAUUUGAGAUCUGGUAUAAGAAGUCUUUCCUGUUACCUGAGGAGGAGCUGAACGUAAAUUUGGACCAGUCCCUCGAACAAGAAGAGGAAAGUCAGCAGUGUUUGGAGCCGCUGCAGUUUGAGCUUCUGACAGACGACCCCAGCGCUGAAUCUUUCUGCAACGCCCGCUACAGGACACAGAAACGGCGGAAUAGCAAAGUGCUGAGCUUCACUCCAGUGCGGAGGAACACGUCUGCUGGGCCCGGACAGAGAAGACUCCCUUCUAUUCUACCUGGUACCUAAAAUAAAGCUCGUUUCUCGGCGGGGGACAGGUCCUUGUCGGGGGCCACAGACAGUUCGGGGCUCUGCAUGCGGAGCUUCUCCUGGUGUCUGCGCUCUGCUUUGGCUGUGCGGAUGGGAGCCGUC